CUGACCACUCCGAUGACCUCGUCAUCCGCCGCCGCCCCGACCUUCACAAGCGCCGGCUCUCCGAUCCCGUCGCCGAUGGCUCGCUCCACAUCCGCGACUUCUCCUCACUCCGUCUUGAAGAUACUGAUGAUACUGAUCUUCUCCGCCGGCGCUUCUCCGAGUGGUGCUCCUCCGUCGAGGACCGGCUUCAAGGAAUCGAGGUCAAUGUCGAGGGGGUUAAGUUCCGUCUGACAGUUGAUGCUCCGAAAGUUGAUAAUUUUGAGUGGAUGAAGAAGUCGUGGGAGGAUCAUUAUGCCUCCAAAUUGCUCGAUAGUCGUAGGAAUUCUUGGAGAGGUGUUGCACGGAGGCCGGAUACUAUCAUUGUUUUCCGGUGUGCCUUCGAGGUGGUUUGCAGAGCCGAGAGUAUCGUCCAAGGCCUCAAUGCUUGUCUCUCACACCAUCUUUACAGCAUUGGGGAGAAUCAGGAAUCUCAAUGUUGCUGGUGAUGAUAAUUUAGGCCAGAAAGUGGAUGAAGUUACUGGAGAAGUGGCAUCUGGACUUCAGUGCAAGAUCUGGGUUCAGUUUGAGAGUCAUGAGGACUUCUGUAAUGCAAUGAAGGUGUUAUGUGCCCGUUCUUUGCAAAAGGAGGGUUCAAAUCUUAAAGUAGAUUACAAGUUAACUUGGGAUCGAGAUGGUUAUUUCCAAAAACUGCAGCAAAGGCCUGUGAAUAGUCAGGUACAAGAGAAGGUUGACAGGCUGCAUGCAGUGCCAACUCACAUCGGUAAGGAGGCUCCAAGGCAACACACACAGCUUACCCGGACUGUUCAUAAUGGUCCACGGCCCUAA